AUGCCUGGGAGCAGCAGCAAGUGGCAGCCCUCUGGGGCUGGCGGCUCUGCGGGUGCUGCUGCUGCUGCAGCGGGCCCCUGCGCCGAUGAGGACGCAGCAGCAGCAGCAGCAGCAGCAGGAGGGAGCGACGGGGAAGAGGAGCGGGAAGGCAGCAGCAGCGAGGGGGGCAGCAGCAGCAGCAACGAAGGCAGCAGCAGCAGCAGCGAAGCAGAAGUGGGGAUCGGGCUGGAGCUGCCGCCGCGCAGCACGAGGGGCAAAGGCUACAGCAGAUUAAUUGGAGAAGAAAAAGAAAAAGAUAAUUUAUUUUGGGGACAUGCAACAUGGGAAGAAGAAAGUGGAGAUGAAGAAUACGACUCUGCUGCUGCUGCUGCUGCUGAGGCAGCAGCAGCAGCGGAGCAGGAGGUCGACAGCGACUUCGACGCCGCGGAGAGCGGCAGCAGCAGCGACGAGCAGCAGCAGCAGCAGCAGCAGCAGCGACGAGCAGCAGCAAAAGACUCCGACGAAGAACUCCGCGGCCCCAGAAGGCAGGCCAAAGGCGCUGUCACUUUCUACCAGCAGGCCAUGAAGCGGCGGCAGCAGCAGCAAAAGCGCAAGCAGCAGCAGCAGCAGCAGAAGUUCAAGCAGCAGCGGCAGCAGCAGCAGCAGCAGCAGCAGGGCCCCGGGGAGCCCAAGCGGCAGCAGCAAACCCGCCCCUCCACCCGCACCCAAACGGAGACGGUGAACCAGCAGCUGCGCACUUCCAAGCAGCAGCAGCAGCAGCAGCAGCAGCAGGGGGCGGGCCGCAGCAGCAGCAGCAGCAGGGAGCAGGAAAUGAGUCAGGAGCAGCACUUGCUGCUGGCCGACAAAACGGAAAAGGAAACCGAAGCAACUCUGGUGGUGCAGCAGCAGCACAAAGAGCUGCGGCAGCUGCACAAACUCUCCAAAGCAGCAGCAUAUAGGGGCCCCUACCAAAUGCUGCUGUCUUGGGCCUCUUUCCUGCAGGUGGGGCCCCCCAGCGAAGAAGCAGCAGCAGCAGACGCAGCAGCAGCAGCAGACGCAGCAGCAGACGCAGCAGGCGCGGCAGCAGCAGCGGCAGAUCCAGCAGCACCAAGCUCCGCUGCAGCAGACCCAGCAGCAGCACCAGCAGCAGGCACUGCGGCAGCAGCAGCAGCAGGAGAUACUCCAGCAGCAGCAGCAGCAGCAGAUGCUGCAGCAGCAGCGGCAGCAGCAGAAGAGGAAGAAGAAGAAGUUUACGAAAAAGUGCUGCUGAUUUGCACAGACGGGAAGCUGCCAAGUCUUUAUGAAGCUCUGCCUCCAGCAACGCCUCCGAGUCCGGUGUGCGCAGUGACGGGGGCCCCCGCGAAGUACUUCGACCCGCUUUCGCGCUGCUUCUUCAGUUCUGCUGCUGCUUUCAAGCUGCUGCGUGCUGCGCUGCAGUGCAUGCGGGAGCGCGAGGUGUACAGACACCUGGCGCAGCUGCAGCAAGCGAUCCGCGUCCAGGAGGAGAAGGUCUCUUACUUGUCCAAAGCAGCAGCAAGGGCCCCCACAGAAACAGCUUGGGGGCCCCCCGAGGCCCCAGGGGGGCCCCUCAGUGCAGCACGGGGGGCCCCCCCUGCUGCAGCAGCAGCAGCAGCAAGAGCAGCGGGGGCCCCCGGGGGCCCCCAGAAGAAGAGGAGAAGGGGAACAAAGAAUUAA